AACCCAACUAACUAUGGUUCUCCUUUCUUCUUCUUCGAUUGAUUCGUUGAAAUAUUUGGGCUAGCUUCGUUGCUUUCUCCGCCACCUCUCCUCCGAUCAAUCUCCGGCGAACCACCGAUCAUUCUCCGGUAGGGCAGAGAAAUUAGGAACAAUGAGUGAGGUAUUUGAAGGGUACGAGCGUCAAUACUGUGAGCUAUCAGCGAAUCUUUCGCGGCAUUGCACUGCGGCUUCUGCUCUUGAUGGAGUUACUAUUUGUGCUGCAGAACAGAAGAAGCAGAAACUUUCUGAUAUAAAAGCUGGACUAGAUGAUGCUGAUACAUUGAUUCGGAAAAUGGACCUUGAGGCUCGGAGUUUGCAGCCAAGUAUGAAGGCAGCUCUUCUUGCCAAGUUAAGGGAAUAUAAAACUGAUUUGAACAAUUUGAAAAGUGAAGUUAAAAGAGUCACGACAUCAUCUAAUGUCAGUCUCACUGCUCGUGAUGAUUUGUUGGAGUCAGGAAGGGUCGAUACACUGGCGGUAUCAAACGAUCAAAAAGGAAGGCUUUUGAUGUCUACUGAAAGACUAAAUCAGUCCAGUGAUAGAAUAAAGGAGGGCAGAAAAACAAUGCUGGAGACAGAGGAGCUUGGUGUGUCUAUCCUCCAAGAUUUGCAUCAACAACGUCAAUCAUUACUCCACGCCCAUACGACACUCCAUGGAGUGGAUGAUAACAUUAGCAAGAGCAAGAAGAUUUUGUCAGCCAUGUCAAGAAGGAUGAGCAGAAACAAAUGGAUUGUUGGCUCCUUAAUGAUAGCUCUGGUCCUUGCAAUUAUAAUCAUUUUAUAUUUCAAGCUGACCCAUUAGCCUACUAUCUUUGCUUCGUAUAUCACAGAUUGGAGCCCAACAAUGUGACGGUGUUUGAAGAGUUGUGUGAGCAAUGGUUCUCACUUAUUUCUCUUAUUACAUGUAAAAUUCUUUCAUUUGCGCAAGCGCAAAUGAGAAUUUUAUCAUUAUGCAUUCCUUCGAUGCAUCAUUGUUCAAUCAAUUCUAUGAUACUUUAUACUGGCCUAUACAAAAAAUAAAAUAAAAUAGAAAUAUUGUCAGUAUGCGAAAAAAAAAAACGAAGUGGAUAAUGGAACAGCAAAUUGUUGUUAAUAAAUAUAUUUACACGCAUUACAAGAUUUACAUUAUA